AUGUAUGCACAGUGCGCAGCACGCAUGCCAAAAGGAGGCAUUGGCUUACCUCCAACCAUUGGAUUUGUUAACCAUGAUUACACCCGCUUCACCAGUCCUGCUUAUUCCUUUCGUCAGAGGCUCAACAAUCAGGCCCAUGAUGCAAGCCCUGGACCCUGCUAUUACGUGGCCCCUGAGCUCACACGUUUUGGCAGGGCGAAGGGCCCUUCUUACUCCAUGCUGGGGCGAGCAAAACCUCCAGGUCUGCCUCAAAGCCCCGGACCGGGGACAUACAGUCCAGAGAAGCCAGGACCCAGCCUUCAGUCGAGGGCGCUCUCCUUCUCCAUAGCUGCCCGCACCAAAUCCCGUCCGGUGGACCCAGUUCCAGCUCCCAACAGCUACAUCCUCCCCUCGCUGCUCAGAGCACGGAUUCCCAGUAGACCCUCCAAGCCCAGCCGAGCUCUCUCCGGCAGGAACACCAAAGGCAGCGCUUCCAAGGACCCUGGCCAAACGCCAGGCCCGGCGAGCUACAACCCCCAAGCAUCUGCCGUCUGCUUCUGCCGUCCCCCAGCUUUCUCCAUGCUGAAGAGGCUCCAGAAACCCACGAGAGCCUUCCAGACUCCUGGGCCAGGAGCCCACAGCCCAGAAAAAGUGACCAUUCACAGGACAGGGGUUCCUUCUUACUCUUUUGGGGUUCGUCAUUCCGAUUAUCUCAUGCCAUUCAUCCCGGAUGCUCCGGAGUGGUAG